GUACGAAACCAUUGCCAAAGGCAAACCCGACAUCGGCCUCCUCCAUUAUUGCAAACGUUCAUUUAAUUUCUUUCAGAGUUUUGACAAAAAUUAAGGAACCAUGGAAGAGGACGUCGGAAGGCCGGAGGUGCUGCUUAUCAAUCGCUACGUGAGGCUUCAUUCCGCCACUGCGAACAUUGCAAGCGCUCUGGGAUUCCUGGCGUUGAUGUGGUCCACCGUCGUGCUCCUCGGAGGCUUCAUCGACGAUCUCCUGCUCAAGGAGUUCUGGGUCCUCACUGCACUCAGCUUCCUCAUGGCAUUCAGGAUGGCGAAAAAUACUAACAACGAGCUCACUAAAGGGAUUUAUUUGGAAGAGAUGGACAUCAUUGAUACUCUCUUGGAACAGAAAUGGUUCGAGGUGCACCUGAAGGUUGUAAUCGUGCUGUUUGUGGUGCUAGUACUGAAGUUGAUUUUUGUCAUUUGUUUUGUCUUGCUCUAUUUUGUUUCGCCAUUUGUGAACCUGGGGGUCGCAGUGUGGCGUCUUGUACGACGAGAUUAUGGUGAUGCAGGUGGAGAUAUUGGCAACAAAUCAAAACUGAACGCCGCACUGGACAUCUUCUAUGGCCUAAUUCUGCUCCAGAGUUUAUUCUCCUUCUACUACUUAGUCCUUGACUUCCUGGUGCUUGGAAUGGAAUCACGAACGAGAAAACACUGUGGGCUUGAAGUUGUAAUCGUUGAGCUCUACCAUUCAGAAACAGUAAUUAAGUUCAAGAAGGACGGGGAGCUGCCUGAGGAUUGGAACUUGAUCGCAUACGGUGUAGAGAAGCUCCAGUCUGCAUCUGGGGAUGACCAUCUAUGGGGAGCAAGGGUGUUAGACCAGUUGUUCAGUAAGGAUAAGUCUGUAAGACAGAAGCUACUGUCUUCCAGGAUCUCGGUUCAGAAUCUGAUCGGCAUGAUUGGUCUGAGAGGCACAGCUGAUAACGUCGAGAACAGAGAGCGUGCCGCAAGGAUUGUAGCACACCUUGCCAGUGACCUCAAUAUAGCUCACUUCCCGGGUACACUGCAAUGCAUCUGUUCCCUACUUGAAAGCUGUAAUAAGCAAUCUUGUGAGCCACAGGAGGAGCCAGAGGACCAAAAUGGUGCUGACACAGUACUGCAGAUCAAGGACCAAACUGAAUAUGAAUCUGGAGGACCCAAAGAACUGGUUUCUCAAGGCCUGCUGAUUCUUGAGGGGCUCACACGAGACAAAGUAAACUGUACAGAGAUAAGCAAACAGCAACUGCUGAUCUCUAAGAUCACAUCACCACUGAGCAGCCCUGACUUUCUCAACAAUGUGCGAGAGGACACAAUGGUUGUUCGAAUGCUAAGCAAGUCACUCACAGCAUUAAGCAGGAUACUUGCCUGCCCUGGGGAUGGCGCCACAAGGCUGCGUCAGGAACUUGCGAGUACCACAGAAGCUGUCAGCAAUCUGAUGGCUAUUUUGGAGAUUGACAGCGGAGCUGCCCAAGAACUGCAUGGACAAGCCCUGGAGAUCCUGACGGAGUUAGCCUUUGAUGAUUCUUUCAAAAAGCUGGAGUUUAACAAGCUUCUCAAGGCCCUGCUAUGCAUCUUCCUUGAGGAAAAUGCCACCAGACUGAUGAGGAGAAAAGCAGGGGAAGCACUGGCCAGAUUGCUUCCCGUUAGCACUGCAAGAGAAAGAGAUGUUAAUGUUGCUGAUAUAAUUUCCAAGCAAGAGGCGAUCAACCUAUUGACAAAGGUGCUCGAUCAAAUAUUAUAUAGUAAAAUGGGAACCAGUGCAGAUUUAGUGGAAAUUUUUCUGAAAAAACAGUCCCCAGAAAAAUCCGAGGAAAGAAAGUUUAUGGCAGCCAUGUUAUCCCUCGCCGUGGUGAUAUGCAACGAAAAUGUGAUCAGUAGAGAAGAUUUUGCUCGAUCCACCCCUAAAGAUGCAGCACUUGCGAAGAAGCUCAAAGACAUACUGGACGUAAACAAGCUAUGCACGGCUAAGUCUGAGUGUUUGAGAGUAGUGAAACUUACCUGCCAGAUGGUGAUAGCAAUGAUUCAAGCCAAGCCCAGCUACAUACAAUAUUUCAAUGAACAUAAUUUCAAGGAAGCACUGACCGAGACUUUGGGAACCAUGUCGGAGGUUGAUAACUGCAUGCUCUUUGCUAGGAAUGAUCGUGAGGUGAUCAAGCCAGCGAGGUCUCUCGCUUCUCUAGUGAAAGAAGCACAAGAACUCCUAAAGACAGCACAAGAACAGGGUAAUUGAUAUCUCUGUUCGACAAAGGGGAUAUCGUUAAGUAUAUUAUCUUGUUUUUAUCAAAGAUUUAUCUUGGAUCAUCUUCUGGGCUAUUUGUUUGACAAAACAAAAAACCUGUAUUUUUGUUCGUAUUCCAAAACUGGGAUCUACAAUUCUUGUUGACAAUGUAGUCGCGUGCUAUCUAAGGUUUAUAUUUGCAACCCCAUUUUUCCUGGUAAUAUCA